CCGGAGGCGGGGCUUAGAUUAGCAAGGUGGAGCUACAAUUCACAUUGCAGAGGCGGAGCCAGAUACACAGGAGGGGUGGAGCCUGUAGCACAGGAAGUAUGGCUUGGGCUAGCAAGGCGGGGGCACAAUGAAUGGGGCGGAGCCUGUGACACCAGCCCUGACCCCCCACUUUCCGCCCCCACAGGCCGGCGAGCCGCGGUGGCGGCUGUGCUGGGCCUGGCGCUGGCAGCGGGCGCGCUGCUGCGGGCAGCAGCCCCAUGCCCAGUGCCCUGCGUCUGCCACAACCUGUCCGAGUCGCUGAGCACCCUGUGUGCCCGCCGCGGACUCCUGGCCGUGCCCCUGGACGUGGACCGGCGCACAGUGGAGCUGCGCCUGGCUGACAACUUCAUCCGUGCCGUGGGGCCGCCCGACUUCGCCAACAUGUCGGGCCUCGUGGACCUGACGCUGGCUCGCAACGGGCUGGAGACCCUGCGCCCGCUGGCCUUUGGCGACCUGGAGAGCCUGCGGGCACUGCACCUGGAUGGCAACCGGCUGGCCGAGAUUGGCCCGGCCGCCCUGCGUGGCCUCCUCAACCUGCAGCACCUCAGCGUGAACAACAACCAACUGGUGGCCGUGGCGCCCACAGCCUUCACCGACUUCCAGCUGAGCCUGGAGGACUUGGAUCUGAGCUACAACAACCUGCGGGAGGCGCCGUGGGCAGGCAUCCGCGGCAUGGCCAACCUGCACACGCUGCAGCUGGAGCACAACCUCAUCGGGACCGUGGAGCCAGGUGUCUUCUCGGAGCUGGCCCGCUUGGCGCGCCUGGACCUCACCUCCAACCGCCUGGCCACACUGGCCCCUGAGCCGGCACUGGCUGUGCCCCCCGCCUCCCUGGCGCUCAGCUUUGGGGGCAACCCUCUGCGCUGCAACUGUGAGCUGCUGUGGCUGCGACGCCUGGGCCGGGAUGCUGGUGAGCUGGAGACGUGCGCAGCACCGCCGGCCGUGGCCGGGCGCUACUUCUGGGCCGUGCCGGAGGAGGACUUUGUGUGCGAGCCGCCCCUCGUGGCUCGCCACACACGGCACCUGCGGGUGCUGGAGGGGCAGCGCGCUGCCCUGCGGUGCCGGGCACUGGGGGACCCCGAGCCGGUGGUGCACUGGGUGGCGCCGGGUGAGCGCAUGGUGGCCAACUCCUCGCGGGCCGUGGCUUACCCCAACGGGACGCUGGAGCUGGCAGCCGCCACCCUGGGUGACGCUGGUGCCUACACCUGCAUUGCAGUCAACGCGGCUGGCGAGGCCACAGCCCGUGUGGAGCUCCGUGUGCUGCCGCUGCCCCACGGCGAUGGGGGUGGGGCGGCCGUGGGGCUGCCGGGGCCCUCCGACAUGGCGGCCAAAGCGACUGGCAACGCCACCGGGGAGGAGGAGGAGGAGCCGGGCCAGGCUGUGGAGGUGGCAGAGGUGACGGCCCACUCGGCCCUGGUGCAGUGGGAGGCCAACAAGAUGGCACCCGCCGCUUGGGUCUACCAGCUGCAGUACAACUGCACCGAUGACGAGGUCCUGGUCUACAGGAUCCUACCGGGCAGCAGCCGCCACUUCCUCCUCAAGCACCUGGUGCCAGGAGCCGCCUACGACCUGUGCGUGCUGGCCGUGGCCCCCGACACUGCCACAGCACUGGCCUCCACCCAUCGCCUGGGAUGCACCCACUUCGCCACAGGCGAGGCGGCAGCCCCAUGCAAUGCCCUCCGUGCCCAUGUCCUGGGGGGCACGCUCACCGUGGCAGUGGGCGGUGUCCUGGUGGCCACGCUGCUCAUCUUUGCUGUGGCCGUCACAGUCCGCGCCCGGGGCUGCGCGGGCGCCCAGAGUCCCAAGCUGGCUGACGUCCACUCCCAAACCAAUGGGGCCCCCCUAGCGCCACCACCAGCUGCUGCCCAUGGGUCCCGUGCCCACACCAGGCGGGCCAAGGGGAGGCCAGGAGCAAAGGGAACAAGGGGAGCAGCAGGGGGCUGUGCCCCAGCCCGCCGGAGCUGUUCACUGGACAUGGGGGCCUGCUCAGGCUAUGCCAAGCGGCUGGGUGCCCUCUGGGCCCGCCGCAGCCAAUCAAUGCAUGGGAUGCUGGUAGGUGGAGCUGGCGAAGCUGCACUGCGACUGGCUGGUGCUGAGGAGCUGGAGGAGAGCGUGGUGUAGUUGGCGGGGGCCAUGGACAAUGGACCCCCUCCCUGCCUCCAGUGCCAGGCCCCUGGUAGCAAGCAGCUGGGUUGGUUGCCUGAGAUGAUGCUGCCUCUGUUGCCACGGCGAUGGUGCCAGGACGCUCUAGUUGCUGUGAUGAUCCUGGCCUGACUGUGAAUCUAAUGCAGUGAUGUCCAAUCCAGUGGAUCUCAUGCCCUGAUACCCCUCUAGUGUGGUGCCAGUGCACCCAGUGCCGUGAUAUCCCCUCCAGUGCAGUGCCCACGUGGUGCCAUUGGAUCCAAUGCCGUGAUGCCCACUCCGAUGCAGUGCCAGGGACUCCAUUGCAGUGCUCACAGCUUCAAUGCAGUGAUACCUCUUCCGGUGUAGUGCCAGUGAAUUUGAUGCAGUGAAGCCAAUCCAGUGCGGCGUACACAUCUGAUGCAGUGACCCCCACUCCAGUGAGAUGCCAGUGGAACCAACGCAGUUAUUCCCACUCCAGUGCAGUGCCCGUGGAUCCGAUGUAGUGAUCCCCACUCCAGUGUGGUGCCAAUGGAGCCAAGGCAGUGACGCCCACUCCAGUGCAGUGCCUGUGGAUGCGAUGCCAUGAUCUCUGUUCCCACAUGACACCAGUGGCUCCAAUACAGUGCUGUCGGCUUCACCCCAAGGGGGGGCACCUGUCCUGGCACGGCGCUGCCCAGUCUGACAUGCAGCCGUCCCUCGCUUUGACAUGGUGAUGACAUCACAAGCCCCACGAUGAUGUAUUAACCUGCCCCCCAUCCCCAAUGCACAGUCGCGCCCUCGAUGGGGCUUUGGAUUUUGCCCUGGGAGCCAGUUAGAUGCAGCCCAGGACCCCGAUGGGGUGGGCGAGGUCUGGGCUGGAAUUUUCUUUUUGUGGAUUUUCUUUUAAAAAAAAAUCAAUUGCCAAAAUAAACAAUCCAGCCCGUCUGCCAGAGAGAAGUUCUGUUCUGCUCCUCCCCAGAGCCAGCCGCAUCCUGGCCAGGGGCCCCAUUGCCCCUGCCUCUGUUCUACUCAGCUGCCAACACGUUCCCCCCAUAGCCAGCCACACAGCAGCCCCCAGUCCCCCAAGCCCCAC